AUGAGGUUCCCGAGCGUUGCCAUCUCGCUCUCACUGCUUACUGCCGUCGCUGAAGCGGCCGUGACGUGGACGGCCACUCCUUUCAACCCUGCCGCCGUUCCUCUCGCGGUUCGCACUCCGUACUUGUCAGCCUGGCUCCCUCAAGGGGCGGGCACUGCCCUCAACGACGCAUGGCCGACUUUCUGGACCGGUUCGAUUCUAGGAUGGGCUGGGUACAUCAAGGUCGACAACACGGUCUACAAUUUCCUGGGUGCCCCCUCAGUUCCUGGUACAACAACUACUAAGGCUGUCCAAAAAAGCCUGACUUUUACCGCUACCCAAAGCACGUUCGUACUUACUGCAGGACCCGUGGAUUUGACGGUCAAUUUCUUGAGUCCCGUGGAGCCUACAGACCUGGUGUUGCAAUCUCUACCAUUCUCAUAUUUGGCGUUGUCAGCGAAGUCCAAUGAUGGCCAGGCUCAUUCCGUCCAGGUAUACACGGAUAUCAGCGCAGAGUGGGUCACUGGAGACAACUCCUUGACCGCGAACUGGACUACUACGACUACGAGCAACAUCUUGACGCAUCAAGUCCAGCUAGUAUCUCAGACUCAAUUCGGCGAAGUCUCGGAUCACAUUCAACAGGGUUCCGCCUAUUAUUCGACAGCUAGCGGCAAUGGCGUGACAUAUCAGACAGGACAGGACACCGUCGUUCGCGCACAGUUCAUCAAUAAUGGGAAGCUUGCAAACACACAAGACACAAACUUCCGAGCUGUGUCAGACAACUGGCCCGUCUUUGGCUUCGCGCAUGACCUGGGAAGUGUUAACGCCGCCACCAGCCCCGUUGUGAUUUCCGUAGGACAUGUGCGGGAUCCAGCCAUUCAAUACAUUAUUGCCGGCGGAGUUUUGCAGUCUAGGAGCCUGUACUUCUGGAGUAAAUAUUCGACUGUAGCGAGCGCGAUUUCCUUCUUCCUCGGAGACUACAGCAAUGCACUUUCCAGAGCAAACUCCUUCGAUGCCAAAUUGAACUCAGACUCAUCUGCCAUUUCAUCUGAUUAUGCUGCAAUCACCGCGCUCUCGGUAAGACAAGCGUUCGGAGCGACGGAAAUCUCUAUCUCCAAGAAUAGUGACGGGAGCUGGAAUACUGACGACGUCCUAAUGUUCAUGAAAGAAAUUUCCAGUGACGGUAAUACCAACACUGUUGACGUGAUUUUCCCGGCUUGGCCUAUCUUCCUAUACACAAAUCCGGCGCUCGGAAAAUACCUUUUACUGCCCUUGUUUGAGUACCAGGCGACGGGUCAAUAUCCAAACAAAUGGGCCGUUCAUGAUAUGGGUGCCCAUUACCCUCAGGCCGUAGGCCAUAACGAUGGGAAUGACGAACCGAUGCCGUUGGAAGAAAGCGGCAAUAUGUUGAUUAUGACAUUGAGCUAUACCCAAAAGUCCAAUGACCAAUCACUGAUCAAGUCGUAUUCCAACCUCCUCGACCAGUGGACGCAGUAUCUCAUCCAGGAAGCUCUCAUUCCGGCCAAUCAGAUCAGCACAGAUGACUUCGCAGGCUCUCUUGCUAACCAGACCAACCUGGCUAUAAAGGGCAUAAUUGGCAUCCAAGCCAUGUCCGAGGUUGCUUCUUUGCUUGGAGAUGGCAGCAGGGCGUCGAACUAUAGCUCCAUCGCUUCUUCAUAUGUCCCGCAAUGGCAACAAUUCGCUACAGCUUCCAGCGGAGACCACUUGACUCUCUCGUAUGGUAACAGUAGCAGCUGGGGUCUCUCGUACAACUUAUACGCCGAGAAGUUGCUGGGCACUAAGCUCUUCCCCGACUCGGUCUACCAGAUGCAGAGCGCAUGGUAUCCCACCGUUGCUCGCGACUACGGUGUACCUCUCGACACCAGACACACAUACACUAAAUCUGACUGGUCGAUUUGGACUGCAGGGAUCGCUACCAGCACUACCACCAGAGAUUUGUUCAUUUCUUCAGUGUACAAGUACGCUAGUGACGGCAAGAGCAGUCAGCCGUUGGGCGACUGGUACGAGACCGUUGACGGGUCGGUGGAGGGAUUCAGGGCAAGACCUGUUGUUGGCGGUCACCUCGCUCUUCUGCUAGUCUGAACAGUACACAUGUUGGUUCGGGCUGGGGAUGUCUUGAAAUACGGGGUUCGAGGGUAUGGAGCAAUUGAAUGAGUAGUGUACGUUGUGAAGGUCGAUAUCGAAUGCCAUGUCCAUGAUGAACUGGGCGAUGAACGACUAUCAGACAGCACAGAUGAAUGACUAUCGAGACAGCGCGGUCUUGAUAGUCUCCGCCACCCAAUCCAACAAUGGCACUCCCGUUUGUUGACUAGCCUCAUAAGUGUCUAGCAGACUCUCCGGUCUUCCGUUCGGGCGAUCUAACCGGAAUGCUGAGCACUGGAUCUUAAAAUCCUUAUUGUAGGAUAUCCGGAAAUUCAAUACACAACCUUCCCAUCUGCCUACGGCUCGACUCGUGAUAAGAUCCACGAACCACGUCCCAUUGACGGGGGAGCAGAGUUCAGUCCCCACUUCACAGAUCCGAUUCAACAGCCGCAACUCCACCUCGUCUGUCAGGAGUUGACCGAGUUGGGUGAUGGAGGCGAUGAAUAUCGUCCCCUGGGGAAGGUGGACAUAUAAUAAUGACGGUGACGUGAGCGUAAACCGAAGGGUAUCCCUGUUCCCGAUCCGGACGACCACCUCGCCAUUAACCCGACCUCCUUGCUGGUCGCUCAAUAGGUCCACUAGCGCAUGUCCACUCUCGCCUACAGAGUUCAGGCGCACUGAAGACGGAACACCAGCUUGCUUUAAGGCAUGGAUGAUCUUCAUGAUCUCUGCUUUUACGCGCCGACAAAAGACCUCGUAUUGUAGCGCAUCAAUGAUCGGCUG